GUACAUUUCCACUCGCACUGGCAGCAAAGUAUCUGCUGCUGCCUGCAUGCCACGUCCAUUACAGUAUUUCCCUGCUAUUUAUCGGCGCGCGGGCAGAGGAGCCACACAGAUGCAGAGAUAGAGCAGAGGGAGAGAAGGAGGGAAGCACACAUUUGCUGCAAAUCCUCAGCCUCGAUUCCACUACAGCAGAGUGUUAUGUGUGCAGCCACACCAUGCUGAGGAGGGGCUCGGAGCUGGUGAAGGGUGACAGAGAGGUCCUCCUGGAUCUGGACUACGUGGGGGAAGCACCAACCACCGACAGCUACGGGAGUCUGCAGAACGGGUGCUUCAUUCCACCAAGAUAUUUUUCAGCCACAGCUGCUGCUGAUGAUGUGGACAAUGACAAUCCCAUUCAUCUCAACUGGAAUACAAAAAUUAAUGAGCCAGUGCCACAGCCGGGGAAUUACUUCAGAGAUGGAAGAACUAAAAUUGACUUUGUCCUGGUGUGGGAGGUUCGCUCACGCAGGAAGCGGCGAGGGAAGGGGAAGAGCGAGGUGCCCACUGAGGAAGAGGAGGUCGUGCCCAUUGAGGAGAAAAGCAGGUCUGAGCGAAGGAAGGCACAGUUAGCACAGUGGAGGGAGAAGUUUGUUCAGAACCUGGAGAGUGCUGGGUUGCUCAUGGAAAAGGAGGAAACAGCCAGUGAGAAGAGAACAAUACAUUUUCUAAAACUUAGUGCUCCAUGGGAUGUGAUGGUGGGUUGUGCUGAAGAACUCUGUCUCAGAGCUCCAUUGCAGGCACAGCCACAUCUGGACUUGAACACAUCUGCUCAGGUACUGAGUAGACUAUGCAUACCAAAUGUAAUGAGAGAGUCGGUGCCCAACAGGCCACUGGACUAUUACACAUGUGCCUUUCGCAAGUCGAAGAUGAGCAGAUUCCUUGGCUGUGAUGACCACGAGAACUACUUCACUAAUACACAAAGACACCGCGUUGUGUAUGAGAUUUUAUCCAGGACGGUUUACGGCAAAAAGAAGAGGGCUGAAGUUGGUGUGGACAGACUGAUAAAUGAAGGGGCUUAUACUGCAGCGUUCCCUCUGCACGAGGGCCAUUUUGAGCUUCCAAGGGAUGAGAUCAGUCCUGACAAACUUAAUCAGAGGCAGGUUCUUUAUCACUACUGGGCCCGCUGGUGCAAGUGGUACAAGUACCAGCCACUGGAUCACAUCAGGGAGUACUUUGGAGAGAAGAUUGCACUCUACUUUGCCUGGCUGGGCUUCUACACAGCCUGGCUGCUGCCGGCCGCAGUGGUUGGAACCCUGGUAUUUGUGUCUGGAGUCAUGUCCAUGGGCACCAACACACCAGCUCAGGAGAUCUGUACCAGCGGAGCCAGUUAUCUGAUGUGUCCUCUCUGUAACACAUGCAAGGCCUGGAACAUGUCUGAGAUCUGCACCAUGGCCAAGCUGGGCUACUUAUUUGACCACCCAGGUACAGUCCUCUUCAGUGUCUUCAUGUCCUUCUGGGCUGUAACCUUUCUGGAGUACUGGAAAAGAAAGGUGUCCACCCUGGCCCAUCACUGGGACUGCAUGGACUUCCAUGAAGAAGAGGAACGUCCUCGGCCGGAGUUUGCAGCAAUGGCUCCAACUAUGGAGGAAAAUCCAGUGACUGGGAUUAAAGAGCCCUACUUUCCAGAAAAGACCAGACUGUCCCGCAUGUUCACUGGCUCCAUGGUCAUCAUCAUGAUGCUGUCUGUGGUGAUGAUCUUCCUGGUGACGGUGGUCAUGUGCCGCGGUAUCAUCAGCGUGAUGAUGUUCCAUACUGGCAGCCCUGUCCUGCGUACAGAGGCAGGCACCAUAGCCAACAUCUCCAGCAGUAUUGUGAAUCUGGGCCUCAUUCUGUUGAUGGGACGGGUUUACACUGCUUUAGCUGAGCAGCUCACUAAAUGGGAGAUGCACAGAACUCAAACCCAGUAUGACAACGCCUUCAUCUUCAAGGUGUUCAUCUUCCAGUUUGUCAACUUCUACUCUUCUCCUUUCUAUGUGGCUUUCUUUAAAGGAAGGUUUGUGGGUUAUCCCACCAACUAUGGGACCUUGUUCGGAAUGAGAAAUGAAGAUUGUGGUCCUGGGGGGUGUCUCAUUGAAUUGGCUGAACAACUUUUCAUUAUUAUGGUGGGAAAGCAGCUCAUCAACAACAUCCAGGAGUUCAUUAUCCCUAAAAUUAAGGCCUGGCGCCAGAAAAGAACGUUGGCUAAGGUGCUGGGAAGUAAGAAAUCCCGUAAGCGUCAGCGCUGGGAGGAAGACUACCAGCUGGUGGAGUGUGAAGGCCUCUUUGAAGAGUAUCUAGAAAUGGUGCUCCAGUUUGGGUUCAUCACCAUCUUCGUGGCUGCUUUCCCGCUCGCUCCACUCUUCGCCCUCCUCAACAACUGGGUGGAAAUCCGUCUGGAUUCGCACAAGUUUGUGUGCGAGUAUCGGAGGCCGGUGGCUGAGCGAGCACAGAACAUCGGAGUGUGGUUCAACAUACUGGAGGCUCUGUCACACUUGUCUGUCAUUGCCAAUGCCUUUCUCAUUGCCUUCACGUCCGAGUUUUUACCUCGCCUACUCUACCAGUACAAGUUUGACAAUGAUCUCAAUGGAUACGUCAAUUUCUCCUUGUCUUACGCCCCACUCAACUACACGAAGUACUCAAUGUGCAGAUAUAAAGCAUACAGAGACAACAAUGGAAACUACACACUGUUCUACUGGGAGCUGCUGGCUGUCAGACUUGGUUUUAUCAUUGCUUUUGAGCACAUGGUUUUCUUUGUGCUGCGAGCCAUCGACUGGAUCGUACCUGAUGUCCCCGAGUCGCUCGAGCUGAAGAUGAAGAGGGAGCGCUACCUUGCCAAGCAAGCUCUGGCUGAGAACCAGGAGGCACUGUUGGUGAGUGGAAAACGAAGGGCUACCGCUGCCUCUGCCUCUGCAGGCGCUUCCAGCCCAGUGGUGAACACACACAUGCCGGGCACAGUGACCUAACAGUUACGAGCCCAAUUCCUUUCCUCUUGGCCAUAGGCUGCCCAGAUAUUAACGAAGAUAUUAAUAAGGUAUGAUAUACUAAGAAAAAAAGAAGAAAAAAACAAUAAAAUAUUUACCUUUGUGUCAAAUAUAUACAAACUGAAGUACCAAUAUACAGUGUAUAAACAGCAUUAGAAAAAGUAACUGCACGUAAAUAAGUGAACUGUGUUUAACCUAAUAUGUAGCACAAGAGUUUUUUUGCAAUGAGACAUAAUUGACAGUUAAAGUGAAAUGUGCAACUACAUUGGUACCAAAGGUAAAUGCAAAUGCAGCACAAUUAUAAACAAAAGUACAGUGGACAUGUAUAUUGCACAGGGAUAUUUGUGCUGAGUGGUUCAGGCACAGCAGUUAAUUACAGUCAUUGUCUAUUGACUCAGAGCGUCUGACACAGCGAGGGUGGAGUUCCCCACAGGCAGGAAUGACUUCCUGUGACGCUCUGUGGUUGCAUCUCAGUGGGAUCAGUCUGUGACUGACAUUACGUCUGUGUUUGACCAGGACAUUAUGGAAAAGAUGGGAGACGCUGUAUUCUGGUGUACACGUUUGAAAUAUCUCCUGACACCACAAAUGCAACGGCAAACAGAUAUUGUCCAUGCAUUUGAAAAACUCGACUACACAGUUCCUUUGUUACACAGGAUAAUUCACUCAUCUCACAGUUUUAUCUUUAUUUACAGUUUCUACUCAUUUCGGUAUCAGAAUAAUUCGGCACCCAGUGAAGUGUUUUUCUCACACAGGUGAUCAAUAGACCACUGCAACAGCAGAGUUCACAGGUCACACGCUGCGUUAAAGCUUUCAGCGUUUCUGUUGAUUCUCAUAAAUAAAUUCCACAUUUUAAAAGGUGUUUAAAAGCUCACCCACCCAUCAACACCCCCACAGAGCAUUUGCAAAGCACCUGCGGCUCAGCCAGCUGCCAUAAACCUGCUGCACUGCGCACGACGCGAUCAUUAAAUAUUCUAUGUGUGGGAUCUGAGCCAAAUAUAUCGUCGUUUUAAUUUGAUUCUAGCCAUCGACUGAUGGCUGAUGUCCGGUGUUAUUUCCUCUGUAAAUAAAAUUGUUAAUGGGGAACAGAAAACAUUUCCUUGGGGGGGGGGGAGAAAGCAGGAUGUAAACAGGAAGUAAACAGUAGAGGUUUAAAUACAGCCUCUGUCAAAUCUCAGAGGUUUACUCUCUGUUAUAGUAACAAUAUUACAGGAGACAACUGUGCAUCUCAUCUCUCUGUGUUUGUGUGUGUGUGUGUGUGUGUCCCUGUGCUCUGACUCAUGCUGUUGUCAUGUGUCUCAUGUAGUCAGUGUUGCUGGUGGAGGAAAGGUGAGUAUGAACAACUGCACACAUGUAAGUGAGUGGAAUUGGAGGUCAUUAUAUCAUCUUUAAGGUCCAGUCUGUAACAUUUAAUGUAGUAUGCAUUACUAUGUUUGCAUUUAGUGUUAAUUAAAAUUCGAGUCAUUCGUUUUUCUUUAGUCUUACAAAGCCCACCAUAGUGGUUUGCAGUGGUUUUUUUGUUUGCCGAAUUUGACCAUGGGCAGGCCUUAGGAAGCUGCAUGCCGAUUGGCGACUGAGUUUUGGAGCGGCAGCUCAAUGGACCGGAAGUAAUUCCGCGCUUGGAGUCGCUGUCCAUCUGGAACUCUUUCCCCAAGUUUUCCACACUGAUGGACAGCGACUCCAAGCCUGUGACUCCUUCCGGUCCAUUGAGCCAAACAACAAGUGUAUUAUCAAACAAUAAAAUACAAUAUUUUUGAAUGAUUCAUUCAAUAUUUUACUUGGUUCUUAAAAAGUGUUGUUUGAAAAUGUUGACACAAAUCUAAUUCCAUACAAACUGAGCAGAAAAAAAACACAAGCUGCUGGAUACUCUCCAUUGUUGUCUGUUGUGUUGUUACACCAGUGCAGCAUCAGUAUUCGUAUCUCACUGACAAGGCCAUCAGGCACAGCCCACAGCCCACAGCCCACAUACCAAGUAAAGGUGCUGUCUUCAGAAACAAAAGCCUGACCGAGGGCUUUAUCAUCACCAUUAGAUGUCACUAAUUCUUACACACUGGACCUUUAAAGCCGUAUCUAGUUAGUCAGUUGUUAGACAGAGAAUAUUCUUCUGCAACAGUUACACUGGUUAUGUUUUUCAUAUUUUUCAUUUUUAGUGAGAGGCCAACAUUUUAAGGAAUGUACUACUUGCUAUAUCUGUGAGGAUUAUCAGUCAUCCAGGUCAAAAUCAUCUUCAGGAGUUACCUGUUUCAACCGGACUCGCUCGAGUUAAGUUGUUUCAGCUUACGUCAAGCAAGUCCAGUUGCCUACAGGUAACUCCUGAAGAAUUUUACUCACUAUCUGAUGAAAACUUUCUUCAGUGUCUGCUGGUUGUCUGGCAGGAUUAUGUUGCACUCAUAAUCCUCUUAACUUGUGAAGUUGUGUUAUUUGUACUCAACAAACUAGAUAAAAGUUGUUGUUGUUGUUGUUGUUGUUGUUGUUGUUGUUGUGCGUUUGGACAGAACCAGGCCAGUGGAUUCUCCUUGUCUCCAGUUUUUAUGCUGAUUAGACUAAGAUUAGACAGAACCCAUGGUGACUUUAUACUGUAUAUAACACACAGGUUGACACUGAGUCAUCGACUCUAAUCUCAACAAACAACAUGUCAUAAAACACUGUUACUGAAAUAAUGUUUUUUUUUACUGCCUGUGUCACUUUUAUGACCAGUAUAUCGUGUCGUAGUAUCAGGGUUGCAGGCUGUAUUUCAGUAGCAUGUUGGAGCAAAGACAGUACCGUCAGCUUUUUUCACCCUCAUACCUCGUACAGUCGUGGGUCUGACGGAAGUCUCUCCUCUCUUUCCCCAUUCCUUCCAUGUCCAAACUCAACUGCACUGCCUCCCCCGAAGCAAGCGACGCGUCCUCUGGAAACAUGAGUUAGAUCUGCAUCAUGGAAAAGGAGUGAAGAUGGUAAAAGACUCUGCAUCUGGGAUAAUGGGUGAACUUUUCACCUGAGUGGAAUAUGGGUUUUGCACUGGGAUUAUAUCUCACUUUACUAAUGCACAGCACAGCACAGCACAGCACAGCACAGCACAGACAUUAUGAUAAACAGGUUUGUGAUGGACGGCUGUUGAACUUGCCUAAAACUCUGUUUACCCACCUUAUCGUAUGGAGAAUACAUUUUACAAAAAUGUCAAUCUAUGGCUUAUUGUAUAUUCAUUUACAAUCAAUGCCCAAUCGAAAAAGGAACUCAGGAUUAUUUUAUCAACACUCACUCCUGAUGACAGCAACGGGGCAACAGCCUGACAACAAAUAUGAUAAAUGUAUUUAUUUUUGUCAAGGUAAAAUAUUGGAAUAAGUCCACUGACUCUAUUAUUUGCUUUGACAUCACUUAUAAUAUGGAUAAUACGUCAAUAAAUCAAAUGUAUAAGCUUAAAUGCACAGUGUAUAUUAAUAAAAUGUUUAGAUAAAA